GUGGCAAUGAAAAUGUUUUACAGAAAUUGCGUCAUUCUCGCAUGCGCAGGUGCGGCAAUCGCCAUUGUAUGCCAGGAAGCGAAAGUAGCGAAAGGAUGGACAUGCAGCGACUCGUCGAGGUCAUACAAUGAUGCUGCUGAACAAACUGAAGUGGAGAGCGAAUCGAGUUACGAUAUGAAUUGCUGCAGCCAAGAUGCCUGUGCAGUAGUAAGUAGCGGACGGGUUCUUCGUGUGCAUACGCAGUGUCAGGCUUUACAAUCCAACUCGACCUCUGCAACGUCUACACCCCCUUGGUGUCUACAGCAACAACCUGAGCUAACAAGCUGCGAAGUGUCUUAUGGCUGCACCAGUUCGGAUCCGGAAUGCUUUUGCCACAAGAACAAGGAGACUGAUCCGUUGUGUCAGGAUUGUCACUACAACUAUUGCGAUACAUGCAUAGAUCAGGCAUCCACAAAUUACAAACCUGUGCAUCAGUCGCGCUGCAUCAAUUGCCAGGAUGCCCACAACAUCCCAUCGAUCGAUUUUGUUUGCACACAGUGCGACAACGAAAAGGGAUGCGUUACUGGUACAUUGGCCGGCCAAACUAAGAAUAGCAACGAGUUCCAUGUUUUCGAAAUGGAGUGGUACCAGAACAAUGGCCUGUGGUCUAUCAGAAAAACCACUGGCGUGGCGGUGAGUACUGAUCAGAACUACAUUAACAAUCUUCCUGGCAGAAAUGGUUGCACGGACGAGCGCAAUGCCGAGAACCAAUGUGUGGAUUUAACACAAACUGUGUAUCAGCUCGCAUAUCCGGAACCGACCUCAGUAGAGACUCCGUCGCCCACCCCGUCCCCACAAGAACCGACUCCCUCGCCCACUUCCGACUUGACUACUCUACUAUAGCGUCCUCACAAUCAAGUACUCCUUCGCCCACCCAGUCUGUUGGUGCGGUGACAGCAAGGACCACGCCACCUCUUUGUCAGCAAACCGGCAGUGAUUUGUUAGUAUGCGAAAGUACCUACCAGUGUAAUUCCUUAGACCCCGAUUGCGUUUGUUAUAAGAACAAGGAAGUCGACUCGAAUUGUCAGUACUGUCAGUCGAAUGGUGCUUGCACCUAUUUUUUUAAAUGAUAACUACACACCGGCAAGGAAUUCAAGAUGUGUAGAUUGUCAUGCAGCUCACAGUGAUUCAUCCGUCGGAUUUGAGUGCACAAGGUGUGACAAUGCUGUAGGAUGCGCUCAAGGGACGUUGAACGGUCAAGCCGUGUAUUCAGGUUUCAAGGUUUAUGAGAUGGAGUGGUUCCAGGAGGGCGGAGUGUGGUCAGUCCGCAAAACAACUGGAAUUCCUAUCCAACAAAAUGGCCAGGAUGCGGAUCAGAGUUAUAUCUACAGUAUUUCGAACAAUGGAUGCACCGACAGCAAUUGCAACGAGUAUACCGAACGUUUGGCGCAGGUAUCGUGGUAGACUUUGGACCGAUGAUCGUGGGUUGCAUGCAGUAUAAUAGCAUAUGGGUUGUAUUUAGUAGAAUAUUAUAAAGUUUUAUAACACCUUGAC